AUGUCGUCGGCUCAUCAGUUCGUCGAGCACAUCAUCCUCUUCAAGGUCAAGGACGGCACGGAUCCGUCCAGGAUCGCCUCCAUGGUCAGCAGAAUGAACAGCUUGAUCUCUCUUGAUCAGGUCCUCCACCUCACAGCCGGGCCCAUCCACAGAAUCCUAUCGUCGCCGUUCGAUUUCACGCUCAUGCUUCACAGCCGGUACCGAUCCAAGGAAGAUCUGAACGCCUACCUUGUCCACCCGUUCCACGUCGACGUCAGAGAUUCGGUGUUCCCGUUCUGCGAUGACGUCAUGGCCGUGGACUGGAUCCCCGAUGAUCUCGCCGGGCCGGUGGUCCUGCCCGCCGGAUCUGCAAUGAGAGUUACGUUCUCAAAAUUGAAGGAAGGUUCGGGCGAUGCGGAGAACCGGGAAGUACUAAAAGCGAUUGAGAAUGGAUCCAAAUCGACGGAUCGGAUUAGUUUCGGGAAGAAUUUUUCGCCGGCGAGGGCAAAGGGGUUUUCGAUCGUGUCGGUUGCGAUGUUUCCGGGAUUGGGGGAAUUGAACGGCUUGGAUUCGUCGGCGGACGAGAAGAUCGUGAAGUUGCAGAAGGAGAAUGCUGGGGGUUAUCUGGAGAGCGUGAUGGCGUUCGAUUAUGUGAUCCCGGCGUCGCAAAGCGCCAGCAGUUAA